AAUUUCCCAGCAUUUCAAAUAACAAACUCCUCCUCCUUAUCUCUCACUCUCUACCUCUACUGAGUAAUAUUGCUAAGCAAGUUUAAUUUCCAUCAAACCCACUAAAUGAAGCAAAAGGUGGUUAUCAGAUUAUCUUUGAACGGGAACGAUCAGAAAUAUCGGACCAAGGCCUUAAAAAUUGCUGUUUCUCAGCCAGGUGUGGAAUCAGCAGCAAUGACGGGGGAAGAAAAGAACCAAUUAGAAGUUGUGGGAGAGAUAGACGCUGCGGAUCUGACGAGCUUGCUCAGGAAAAAUUUAGGGCAAGCAGAGCUAGUGAGCGUCGGCCCAGCUGGUGGCGGCGACAAGAAAGUUCCUGAUACAAAGCCUCCAGCUGCAGCUGCAGCUGCGGUGGCUCAGUCGCAACCCGUCUUAUACUAUUAUACCUAUCCUCCUCAAUACCCUAUUUACCAAGUUGGAGAUUCAUAUGGUCAAUCUGGCUGUUCCAUUAUGUGAAUUAGAAUGCCAAAUUGGAUUAUUCUACUUGAGUUCAAUAAUGGAUCUACUAGAUUUUGUGGUUUUCUUUCUUCAAUUUUUCCUUUCUGGGUCUUCUGUAAAUACUCCCUUUCAGUUUUGACCAUUAUAGUGAAAUAGGAGUAUAAGAAUUUCGGAUUGGAUUAUUGAUUUCAGUUAGGUACUGUCCAAGUUUUAAAGUGUGAAGUGAUGUAUGGAGAAGAAGAAUUUAAACGUACAAUUCAAAAUUUUAGGGCAAUA